AUGGCUAGCAGAACCUUUUCACCAAUGCUCCGUCAGGCGGUUCGCGUCUCGCAACGGAAUGGCAUUGCUGCACCAUGCCGUCGCUUCUUGAACACCGAGACGGCACCGAAGCUUUACUCGGCAAAGGCGCACGUAGUUGGCGCACGCACCGGUCAUGUAGACGGCGAGAACCUAAAGGUCGAUCUAACAAUGGCCAAAGCCCUCGGCGGCCCCGGCGACGCCGGAAAGACCAACCCAGAAGAACUCUUCGCAGCCGGCUACGGUGCAUGCUUCCAAUCCGCCAUGAACGCCGUCGCCCCCUCCAUCGGCGUCAAAAUGCCCUCCACCCCCGAAGACUCGAUCGUCGAAUCCACCGUCGAACUCGUCGGUAGCAUGAAAGAUCUCGACAUGGGAUUACGUGUGCAGCUCCUCGUCAAGGUACGCGGGCUGGCGAAGGAGGAUCUAGAGAAGGUUGUGUACAAGGCGAGGCAGGUUUGCCCGUAUAGUCGGGCGACGAAGGAUAAUGUUUAUACGACUGUCAGGUGUGAGACUAUGUAA